AUGUCUUCGAAUCGCAAGUCAGAUCGCUCCAGUGCGUCAAAUAGUGGUGGAAACUCUGGUUCCUCGUCUCGUCGUGAUCGACAGCUUCACCUUGACUCAUCCAAAGACGAACGAAAUCCAGCUCCACUUCACUCUUCUUCGACCCCAUCUACUCGCGUCUCGACAGGCACUGUUCCGUCUUCGGAAACAAGAGUAAAGGAGUCGGAUGUCUCCAUUCCCAUUUCGCAAGAAGCACAGGGGCAAAAUCAGCGGCAGAGAAGUCCGUCCAUCGACGAAAGCUCUUCCCACGAUCCUGCACUUCCUACACCCAGCUUGACCGAGGGGGGAACAUGCAUUGAAGACGGGCAUAGAACUGACGAGGGGUCACAUACUUCGGAGCCACCUCCGCAAGCUGGAGAAUCUGAGUCCCCUCCGCACUACAAUGAGGCUCCGUCACUUGGAUCCUCCAUGCUCCUUGGAGUUGGUAGCGGCAUUGGUAGCGGCAUGUACUCCCAGAUUCCACAACCCUAUGGCCCCCUGGACUAUCUCGAUGAAGAGGACAACCGGCCAAAUCAUCACCGACGUCAGCUCAACAACAUCCAUGGACACGAUUGUGGGCAACGGCACUAA